AUGUCUUCUGCUUGCUCACUCGUGUUGUUCCUUGGAUUGGUGGUCCUCACCACUCCCUCACUUGCUAAUGACCACAAGCCACCCCCAUAUGAGCACAAACCACCUCUUCCUGUUUACAAGUCUCCACCACUGGGGAAACCACCCCCAGAAUACAAGCCACCAACCCCCGUUUAUAAGCCACCUCCGGUGGAGAAGCCACCAACCCCUGUUUACAGGCCACCUCCCGUAGAGAAGCCACCCCCGGAAUACAAGCCACCAACCCCUGUUUAUAAGUCGCCUCCAGUGGAGAAGCCUCCCCCAGAAUAUAAGCCACCAACCCCUGUUUACAGGCCACCACCAGUGGAGAAGCCACCCCCAGAAUACAAGCCACCAACUCCUGUUAAGCCACCUCCACCACCAAAACACAAGACACCAACUCUACCCCCAAGAGUAGUGAGACCACCGCCAACGCCCAAGCCACCAACUCUACCGCCAAUAAUAGUGAGGCCACCACCGACAAAAGAACCUUCACCACCCCAGGGUCACUACCCUGGCCACCCUCCAGUAGAAACACCUCCAUCAACUCCAUACAAGAAGCCACCAACUCCUGAGAAGAAGCCGUGGGCUCCCCAUCACAAGCACUUCAAGGCUCCACCACCCAUCCAUGCCAAUUGAACCAUCUACCUAGUAUGAUGUAUACCGACGCCACAAAUAAGAGCUGCUUCCUACUACUACUUAUGCUAUCUCGUGCAUCAUGUUCCAUCAGUCAAGCAGUAGUAGUGAGGAAUGCUCAUUUCAUCACUUACUCCAUGUAUUGUACUUCUUUGCUUGUAGUCCAUGAGUAAUAUCAUAUAUAGAUUACUUCUAUUUA